AGUUAAUGAACUAAUGAUGAUGAUGAACUAGGGAUGCUGGGUAUUAAAAGCUUUGUAUUCAGAGCGUCAGAUUUCUUGGCACAGUUUACUGUGGUGUGGUCACCGCACACCUAUAAACUUGGAUUGUAGCCAGAAUAAUGGAGAGUGCUAUUAACACGGUUGACACUUUACUCGCUUAAUAAGGUAUAAGUCGCUCAAUUCGAGGCGACUACUCCAUAUUCAUUAUUCAUUUACACCACUGGAAUGUAUUAUCAGUGACACUGACAGUAUCUGCGUAACAUUAGCUCCCUUUAUUCUUUCAACUUGUUUUUUUGGUUUAAUUUAUUUAUAUUUUAAAUUUUCUUUUCCACGUCUGGUUCUGAAUAUGAUGUAGUUUGGAAUAAGAUAUGUUCGUGGACAGCGGCUCUAAACCAUCUUAUCACUUACACUAAACACUAUGCAUCUUAAUGUGAACAUUGCGUGUUUGUACACGGACACUUCACAUGCAGACUUACUUCACACUUCACAUACGUUUAUAAUUAUAUGAAAUAAGUGCGGAAGCUCCUGAACUGUGAUACCUUUUACUUGACUUAGAUCAUGUAUGUACUUUGGUUUGUGCUCGACAUUAAUACUUUAGAUGUCGAACGUGUUUCAUGAGAAGGAUCGUUUGUUUUAGUUUUUUCAUAAUGAAAUAUCUUUUACGUUAUUUUUAACGAGGUUUUCAGGUUUAACCUCUAAUUCCAAAUGUAUCCAGUAUAACUAUAGAUCAGUCUAGAUAACUAUUUUUAAUUUAUUUAUUAUCUGACCCCAAUGCCCCAUUUAGCACAUAAUGGGUUGCUGUGACGUUCUGAUGAAGGCCAUCCUCAUCAUCACCAACGUGGUGGUAAUGUUGGCUGGCAUUGUAAUGCUGGUGGCUGGUAUCGUCUUCUUCACCAAGAAGUUCGACUUCUUCCCUGAACUAGAGGAUUACUCGAACAACGUGAAUGCGGUUCUGAUCCCGAUGAUAGUGAUCGGUGUUAUCCUCUUCCUAGUGGGAGUAGUAGGAUGCUGUGGAGCCGUGACUGGCAAGAGCGGACUUCUCAACCUCUACUUUGUUGUGGUUCUCAUCGUUGUCAUUCUUGAGAUUGUUGUUAUUAUACUCGGAAUUGUGAGGAAAGCCGACUUCGUGGAGGCUACUGAAGAGAAAGCCGAAGAGCUGUUCAACAACUACAAAAGUCAUUAUGUUGUGGAUAACGGAGAUAUUGACGCGGACGUUGCUCUGGCUGUGAACACCGCCCAGUUUGUUUUCGAAUGCUGCGGGUUGGUAGAUGGACCUAGCUGGUGGAAAACUAAUGGCAACACACAGGUUCCCCCUGGUUGCUGUUCUGAAUGGGGUGGAGAGGAUCUUCCUGCGUCUGGAUUGAUGACUUGCGCUGAGACUACCUACGAGGUUGGUUGCACUCAGAAAGUUAACGAUAUGGCUGACGAAUUCGGAGUUGUUAUCAUCGUUGUCAUGGUUGUGAUCAUCGUGUUUGAGUUACUUUGUCUGAUUGCUGCCUGCUAUAGCAAGAAACAGGAAAUGGUAGCAUAAAGUAUUAGAAUUACCUAUGAACAUGUCAAUUUUGUCAGUAGAUAGAGUUUUGUAGGAGAUUUUAUUUCAUAGCUUAUGGUGUUUCCAUACUUGGAGCAUGGUAUCUGGUUUUACCGACCAAAUUCGAUUCCAAUUAAUUAGAAAGUGCUACUAUUUUAAUUAAAAAAUUCGCUAUCAUUUUUCUAAGCCUGAGUUAGAUUUACAAAUAAAGUUAAAUAUGGUCUAUAAUAUUUUUAUUUUGUAUUUGACAGUCAGAAGGCGAUAAUAUGCAAAUGUAUUAAAAACUAGGUAAUACUACUCAAGUUAAAGUUUCACUGUCGAAUUGUUCAUUAUAAAUAUAUAUUUUAUCGUGUCAAAUUUAAAGUUAAAUAUAUUACUCUUUUA